GACGUGAUUCAUCUUUUCUCAAAAAUGUUGGAACUUGUUGACAUUGAAAAUGGAGGCAGUCCCGCGACUGCCUAUGUUAAGCUUCGAGCUUAAACAAAGUGCAGAAAACGCAGAAUUUGGACCUAAAUUGAAGCAGUACAUUCGUGACCAUUAUAAUGAAGACCCAGACGGUUAUAGUGCUGAGAUCCAUGAGCUGGAGGGCCUGCGAGCCAGUGCCAUCCAUGCUUCAAGGGACUUCACAGGGUGCUCCACCCUCAAGAAAUACUACUGCCAGCUGCACUAUCUCCUCUCCAGAUUCCCACUGAAUGAGAACUCGAGCAUUGCUGUAACAUUUAAUUGGUAUGACAUUUAUUCUAGCAUGGUGUAUAAUGUCACAGACAUUAAGUAUGAAAUGGCCUGCAUCCUUUAUAAUAUUGGGGCUCUGCAUACUGAACUAGGGGCCAUGGAUGCCAGAAAUACACCAGAUGGGAUGAAAAUAAGUUGUACACAUUUCCAGUGUGCAGCUUGGGCAUUUCAGCAUCUGCGAGACACGUAUCCGCAACCACGGGAGUCAGACCUAAGUCCAACGUUGUUGACCUUUUUGUACAAUGUUUCACUAGCUCAAGCUCAGGAAUGUAUUCUUGAGAAGAGCAUGACAGACAACCGCAAGCCAACAAUUAUUGCAAAAGUUGCAAUGCAAGUUGUGGAAUACCUGAAAACUGCAAUGAACAACCUUGGAUCCUCAAAGUCUCCAGAUUCAACAGUGACAGAAAUAGCAGGAUCUCGAAAAAUUAAGAUGUGGAGAAGAUACUGUGAAUUUAAGAUGGCAUACCAUGGAGCAGUUGCCCUUUUAUACCAAGGAAUGCAAGCUGAGGAACAACAGAAAAUGGGAGAGAGGGUUGCCUACUACCAAGCAGCAGUUGACAUGCUAAAGGAGGCCUCCAAAUUGGCCAAGAACUUAGAUCAGCAGGAGGACGAGAUGGACAGGCUCAAUAAAGCCGCUCAGAGCAUGUGUGAGGAGGAUGCCUAUGAGCUUAUAGGAGAAAGUCUUACCUUCUCCCAUGACGUGAUGGGAGGAAAGCUAACUGCAGCCCAGAAGGAGAAUGAAUUUGUGUACCAUGAAAAGGUUCCUGCUGCCACAACACUCCCUGAAGUCAAGGGUGCAUCACUAGUGAAGGGAAUCCCUUUUAGUGUGACAGACCCUGAAGUUGCCGGCCAAGACAUCUUCAUCAAGCUUGUACCCAUGGAAGCUCAUCAGGCUUCUUCUAUGUACAGUGAGGAAAAAGCCAAGUUGCUGCGACGAAUUGGGUCAGCUAUCCAGGAGAAGAAUGAAGAGCUAGAAAGUUACCUAGCUUCCAUGCAGUUAGACACUUUGACGCUAGACACAGGAUCAGAAAACCUUCCCCAGGAACUGAUUGAGUGCUGUGCAGAUCUCAGUGCAAGUAGUGGUGUACAGAAGCUCACAGAUAUCAUGGCAAAGAUAUCUAGCUUCUAUCAUGAUAUAAAUGCUUCUCUCAAGGAAAUCACCAGACUCAUUGAGGAAGAAGAGGAGAAGGAGAAGGAGUUCCUUGCUAUGAUGGGAAAGCGAGCCCCGAACAUGAUAGUGGGAGAGCUCAAACGUGAGGCCAACAAGUAUCGAGAGGCCCAUCAGAGCGCCCAGGACAACAACACAGCCUUGCACAGAGCCAUUACAUCACACCUGGCCAACCUUCAGUUACUUACCAAACCUUUGGACCAGGUAGCUUCUGCCAUCCCGUCUGUGGCCAGUGUGGAAGCUCAAGGUGACCUGGCCACAAAGCAGGAGGUGAAGCGUCUGUUGGGCAAAGUAAAGGAGAUGCGCACACAAAGGGCACAGCUAGAGUCUCAGCUGAGAACAGACAUUCAGAACGAUGAUAUCACAAAGCAGUUGGUGACCAACCAGGAUGACACUGAAGAAUUCUUCAAGAAUGAAUUGAAAAAACAUGACAGAUUGGUUUUAGGUUUAGAAAAAAAUAUGUCUGCCCAAGCCAAUAUCCUGCAAGCUCUCUCAGAAGCCAAUGCUGCUUAUGCCACCACCCGUCGCCUUACCAAUCAGGCUCAGGCACAGAGAUCAGAGACUCUGUCAUCUCUGUUGGCAUCGUAUAAUGCGUACCUCAAUAUACUUAAGAAAGCUGAAGAUGCUCAAGAGUUUUACCAUAAGCUGGAGGGACAAGUAAGCAAGCUUGCAUCUCGGGUUAAGUCUGUCUGUAGGGUGCAGGAUGAGGAACGAGAGGAGAUGCUCUCAGCAAAUGUUAAGAAGUUCACAGGUGGUGUGCCUCCAGCCAAGCCCAUAAGAGAAGGAAGCAUAGAAGCACCAGGAAGCUCCACAAGUGGCCCAAAACUAAAAGAUUUCUUACAGCAUAUGAAGGGAGGCCCAGGGAUGGCAGGUGUGGUUCCAGGAGUUGGUGCUGGAGCGUCGGCACAGGUGCAUCCGGGGUAUGGAUAUCAUGACCCCAGUGGCUCUUAUGCCAGUAGUAUGAGGCCUGCCCCACUGGGAUCAGAACAGAGUGAAGCUAUGACAUCCUGCAGUCAAGCUGGAGGAUAUUCAGCAAAUUACUCUAGCCAGUCAGCAGCAUACCGUCCAUCUGCUCCCUCCCCAGUUCCUUCCCCAGCCCCUCAGAGCUCAGGCUCACCUUAUAAAGUUCCCACAACAACUGCCACUUACAGUGCUCCAGGUCACUAUUAUGGUAGUCAGCAAAUGGGUGCUACUCCAUACUCUACUGGUGCAUCGGCAUCAGGUUACCCCUCUAGUAUGGGAGCAGGUGCUGCUGCAUCAUCAACAGUAACAGCUUCAGUUAGUGAAUCAGCCACUCCUUAUAACACAGCAAGCAGUGCUCAUUCCUCUAAUAUCUAUAAUAUGAGCCAAGCAGGAAGUCAGCCUCAGUAUGGAUAUAGUGGAGGAUAUUCUUAUUAUGGACAACAAAGUGUAGGAGCUGCAUCUUCUGUGAAUACGUCAACAGCUGUUAGUGGUGGAACUCAACAUAGUGGAGCCACAGCAUCCCCACGUAGUCAGGCCCAUCAAUAUGGUUAUGGUUCCACUUACCCACCAGGUGUUGCGUCAGGCACUAGCAGCAGCAGUAGCAGAGCUGUGGAAGGAACAAGGACUGCAGGAAGCACAGGUGAGGGAGGCCCAUCUGUGGUUCAGAAGGACACAAGAAAUAUGGGUCAGAAUUACUUUGGGUAUUAUCAGCAACCAUCUGGGACCCCUGCAGUACCAGCUACAGCAGUGACUGCAGUUACAACAGCUUCUGCUGGGAGUACUCAGCAGGGAUAUCCUACAACUACAGCAGGUGGUAACAGUUACUAUUAUCCUCCAUAUUCCUAUCAGUACCCAAGUGCACAGGCCACCAGUCCUGCACCUGCUGCAAUGUAUAGUCAGGCAGGCUCUUAUUAUUCAUCAAAUAUGAGUCCAGACUCAAAUAAUCAAUCAGGAGGUGUUGUAUAUUCCAACCAGACUCCUUAUGCAGGCUAUGCCAAAUCACCAUAUAGCAACCAACAUCCUGGGGCACAAGGGGAUGCAUCAUACCAGAAUUCUGCUGGAUCAAACUUUGCUUCAGGUGCAUAUGGCAAUUCAGCAAGUGGUAGUACCCAAGCAGGAGCUUAUCCACAGUCCAAAACAGCAACAUCCCAAGCUGUGCCCAUAACUACAACAGGAACUCAGGUGCCACAGUGGAAUAUGUAUGCCAGUUACCCGCAGUCAGGCAUUACAUCUAUCAGCAGCAGCCAAGCAGGAAGUCCUGGAACAUUUGGCACCCAGAGUUCUUCACAGAGCUCACCCUCAGUGUCAGCUAAAUUUACCACAUCUCAGACAGGUGCAUCAACAGUGCCUUCUCAAGCUUAUUCAACACCUGUUGUAGUCACAGCUAAUGCAACUAAUACUCAUUACAGUGAGACCAUGAUGUAUAAUCAGAAUUAUCAGACUUGGGCACAGUAUGGCUCCCAUCAGCCUCAGCAGCCACAGCAGCCACAGCAGCCACAGCAACCACAGCAACCACAGCAACCACAGCAACCACAGCAACCACAGCAACCACAGCAACCACAACAGCCACAGCAGCCACAGCAGCCACAGCAACCUCACCAACAGGCAUAUCAGGCACAGUAUCCAAUGGGUCAGAAGCCUCAGAUGCAGCAAGCCCAUCCCCAACAGCCUCAGCAUCAACCUGUACCUCAGCAGUCACAGCCUCAGUCACAGCAGCAGCAAUAUCAACCACAGCAACCAACAUCACACCUACCACAAGUGCAACCUCUACAGCCCCAGCAACCAUCAGUGCAACCACAAACACAGCCUCUUCAGCCACAACCCCUUCAACCACAGAAGCAGCAGCCACAGCAGGUACCACCUGCUGCUGGAGCCACAUCCUCCAUUGCCCCAUCCGUUUCAUCUGUUACUUCAGGCAUAUCAAACUUGGACCUCUUGUCAGGCAUUGAGCUAACUUCACCACCUGGCUCACAGUGGUCGCCCCUAACUCCACAGCCAGCGGCCUCUGGAGUCCAAAAGGCUGCUGAUGUUGUGGGUUCUAUGGGAGCAGCAGCUUCAGCUGGAGCAUCUUCAGCACCUGAUGUGACUUCUGCUGCAGGGGCAGUUGCCGACGCUAGCCAGCCUCCUCCAGCCAGUAGCAGCAACCUUCCAAAUGUGGUGUCCAGUAACACAGCCUCAAACAGCUCGAAUGUGGUUCCCUCAAGCCUCCUUGACCUCACUGCCUUAGCUAAGAAUCGUAAGCCGUCUGCUGUCGAUCCCUUAACUGAUGACCAGACACUCAAGAGGCUUGCUGGUGAAACGGAGAGGCUGAGCAAGAUUGUGGAAGGGUUGGAUCGCAAGUCUCUAAAUGGCCCAACGAACCUCGAUAGAAAAUGGAAGGAACUCCAGGAUGUUGUGGAGAAGGAAUGUGGCGAAUUGAAAGUGUCAGUUGCACGGUGCUAUCCUCUUAAAAAUAGAUUUGCUGAUAUUCUUCCUUAUGACCAUACUAGAGUUACUCUUCCCUCAGCUAGAGAUGACUACAUCAAUGCCUCUUUUGUACAGUUAAAAUCUACUGAAGAAAGUUUCCCACUUAUCCUAACCCAAGCACCCAUGUCUGCUACAUUUGUGGACUUCUGGACAAUGGUGUGGGAACAGCAAGUCGAAAUCAUUGUUUGCCUAAACUCUGAGGCUGAGGUCAAAGGACAGACAUAUUGGCCUGGAGAAGUAGGCAGCAGUUGUGAUUAUGGGCAGAUAACCAUCUCCCUGCAUAGCUGUCGUGAUGCAGGGUCUCCAGUGUCGUUGCAACGAGUUUUGCAUGCCACACACCGGACUUCCAAAGUGACAAGGGUCAUAAUUCAUCUGCAGUUCUUAGGCUGGCCACCAAGUGCCAUGCCAGAAAGUCCUGGGCCACUUCUGCAAUUCAUAUCAGAAGUGCAUACGUUCCAGCGACAGCAAAGAAAUAAAUUAAGAGCAAUUGUGGUACAGUGUGUUCCUGGCUUGGGCAGAUCUACAGUGUUUUCAAUAUUAUCUGCUUAUAUGAGGGAAUUGCAUUCAAAUGGCAUAUUAUUAGACUUGACGUCCCUGUUGGUGGAACUCUCGAGGCAGCGGAGAGGUGGAAUCCAGGACAAAGAUCAUCUCUACUUCCUCUUCUCAGCAGCUUUGUACUACUCCCAGGAUGUUCUCAUGAAACGAGGAAUCCUGACCAAUAAGGCUACUUUUGAGGAGGGUCCCCGAGAAAAAACCCAUGUCCGCCAUCCCUCUGCUGACCUCCUCUCCUCCUAUGACUUGUCUCGGCUUAAAAGCAAACUGGGUUUAGAUCAAGAAUGUGGUAAAGCAAGAAGUGAAGGGGAAUGCUCGAGAAGCAAUUCUGCCUCAUCUCUACUUAGCAAUGGAUCGUCUGCUGGGAUAGAUCUAGUAGGAGAAGGCCAGAGGGAAAGCAGCCAAGAACCAAGCUCAUCUAGUGCAUUAGAGGUUCCUGAAACCUCUGUUGGUGGUGAUGGUAGUGAAGCUGAUGGUAGUUUAGAUAAAGAAGAAGAGAGUGCCUUGGACAGUAAGCUCAACACUAGGGCUGUGAAAGUGGGUGGUCUUCUGGAUACCGACCUUUCAUCAUUAGCACCUAGCUUAGCUGCUAGUUUAGAUCCACAACAAUUUAAAAUUGAUCCGCCUGUGCCUGGUAAGCCAAGCAAAAUCACCAAAGAAAGUUUUGAGAAUCCGUCUGGGCCCUUGAAGAUUCCGGAUGAUCCAACUGAUCCAUUUAGUGGAUUAGACCCUCUUUGGUCCCACAAGAAAUCAUAAAUUUGGCUAAUUUAUUGACCUGUACUGUUUACCUAUGCAAUUUGGUAAAUCUGCAAGUCUGUGCUAUUUCAAAAUUGUUAAAUGGUCUUCAUUGUCUUCUUGCAGGUUGUUCAUUCCUUUUAAUAAUUAUAUCCAUUAAUAAGCCAUUGCAUGAAGUAUUUAGUCCACAUUGUUAGCAUUUCACAUUAGCCUAGGGUGCAUAUCAAAGCAUAUAUAUAUAUAUUUUAUUUUUUUUCCUAACUAGAACUUUGGGUUUUUACUUAUUUUCUCUUAAGAAAAAAAAGGCAAGCAAGGUAAAAGAGAAAUGACCUAUGUUCAGUUCGCAUAUCAGGUUCUUUAUUUUAUAUAUUUUUCCAAGCUCAUGAACAAGAGAUUUGAAACAGAGUAAGAGAAUGAGUGUAGAACCAAGAUGCACAGUGUGCACCUUUAUGAAUUAUAAAUGUCUACUUGACUAUUUAUCUAUAUUUUACAUGUUUAAAUAUAUGUUUUAAAUAUAUUUAGGUAAGCAUACUAUGUAAAUGUAAAAUAAAUAUUAUUAGUACCAAGAAUGAUUUAGAAUAAUUGUUUAUGUUGAUGUAAUCCACAGGCAUUGCAUUCUGGUGCUCAGACCAACUGUAUGUUUGUGGGUGCAUGUGUGCCUGCAAGCAUGGUGUUGUAGUUUGUCCUUUAUAGUAUUUCAUUAAAUAAUUAUAUUAUGUUAUUGUAGUAUCAUGUAACAUUGUAGAACAUUGAACAAUGUACACACUAUAAAGGUCACAAAACUUAUAAUUGGAUCUCAUAGAGAAUGCUAUCUUUGAAAGGAAAGAAUUUGUAUGUUUGUUAAUUUCAUGAAUUUUAAUUUUUUUAGUAUCUAUUAAGCAGUGUAAUAAUAAUUACUCGUUUUUGGGUAUGAGAGACAGAUGUGCAAUUAUUGGAGGAGGAAUAUAAUCUGAAUUGAUUUGUAAAAUGAAAGUAGAUUUAUUUUUAAAAAUCUGCUUCCAGUAUAUAGCUUUGCUUGUGCAUUAUUGUUGAGUGAAUUAAAAAAAUGAACCUAAGUGUGUACUAUAACUUAUCAUUAGAUGUACUGAUAUUGUAUUGGAUCACAGUCAAUACCUAAUGCUAUUCUACCAUAUAAAUGCUGGCAAUUAGAUUUGAUUAAUGACACUAGAGUAUGAAAUAAGACAUCCCAGUGUACUUUAGGCAAGAAUAAAAUGCCAUAGUUUUAGCUUAAAAAAGAAGUUGAAAUUAGUUUAAGAAGUUAUUUGUGAUAAUACUUAUAUAUCUGUAACUUCCCAUAGUUACAGUGUUUUGAAACAAUAUAAAUUGAAAAACAAA